CGUACUCCAUUUUCCACGGUUCAAUUAUAUCAAUAAUAAUAAUAAUAACAAUAACAAUAACAAUACCGAGUUAUUCUUCUCUUUUUAAUUCUUUGCAAUUCCUUUCUCUUUCUUUCUUUCUCCCUCUUGUCCAGUGUCACCUAUACAUACGCGCCUACCUACCCAAUCAAUUAUCUCGACUGUCCAAAAAUUUUUUUUUCGCAAUUGGUGUAUCGCUUGAGAAUGCACUUGGCCAGUGAUUUAAUUCGACUCGAUUGACGAGACACACGAAGCAGAGAAGGAAAGAAACCCAUGAAAGAAAAAGAUGGAUAUCAUGAUAUCCUCGAGCACAACAAUUCCCACUCCCGCCGCGAUGACAGCCGCCGCCUCUGGUUCCGAUCUGAAUUCGACCCUCAGUUCCACCGGCCCCGGCUGGGCAGGGACGUCAACCUCCUCCCUCUCCUCCCUACAGAAUGACUACAGCACUUACCCUCUAAUACACCAUGGCGACCGAACCUAUCUCAGAGACCCCGAAAACCUCUACCCAUUACCAUGCGACCUGCCCGAAAUCCAUCGCCAAUCCCUGCGCACCCUUAUGCUCAUUCGCGUCUUUGGCGGCCCUUUCUGCACUCCGUCGCUUGCUGAGAAUCCCCCGAAACGAGUAUUGGAAUUGGCAUGCGGCUCGGGUCUUUGGUCGAGUCUCUGCCACGAUUACUUCGCUCGUCGUGGGAAUCCCAACGUCUCCUUUACCGGUCUUGACAUCGUCUCCAUCGCCCCCGAUCUGCGGAAAAAAGGUGUGAAUUGGCAGUUUAAACGACAUGAUUUACGUAAACCGCGCCUACCGUUUCCCGAUGACUACUUUGACUUCGUUUUCAUUAAAGAUGCAGGGAUGUGUCCGUCAAGUCCAGCACAACAGGCAUCGGGCUUGAGUGAGCCAUUGCGUGUUCUCAAGUCGGGAGGUGUUUUAGAAAUAUGGGACUCCGAUUGGGUUUUCCGAUCAUUGAUCCCGAACCCUGCCCCUGCUCGCAAAUUAGCAUCGAGGGAACAAGAAACAGCCGAUGCCACUGCGACGUACACAUUUUCAUCCGCAACUCCGUUCACAAGAGCACAAAACAAAUACCUGCAGGACUACAACUCUUGGCUCGAGGCGGCAUUUGAUCGUCGCAAACUUUCCGCGAUGCCAUGCGCAACAAUCGGUCUAUCUUUCAAUGCUGAAGUUGACGAUCUAGAAAAUGUGGAUAGCCGUCGCAUUGCGAUCCCACUAGGGGAAUUGCGGUGGGAACGAGAAGGACAAGGUAGAGAUUCUAUCGGCCGUACUCGGAGACCCUUAAACACAGAUCAGUUCUCAAUACGACGCACGGCUCUUCUCACGGUCAUCCAGAUGAUCGAAGGCAUGGAGCCUAUGCUCAUGGAGGCCAGUGGAAAGAGCCGAGAUGAAUGGGACAGAUGGUGGACUGCAAUGACCGCGGAUCUGUUCCAGAAAGAUGGCCUCACCAGCGGGGAAUGUCUGGAAGUGAGUGCCUGGUGGGGUCGAAAGAAAUAAAUAAAAAAGCCAUAUUACCAAAAUUUUGGUAGACACAGGCGCAAAAAGGGAAAAAAAAGUGAUUGGUGUUCUGGUGGUCGGAAAAGUCGUGGCCAUUUGCUCACAUCAUAUUGGUGAUACCCCGAGUCUACGUUUCUUCUUUUGGUUUUUAUGUACGGAGUAUAUGUCCUGAAUAUUUCAUUUUGGAAACUUAAUACCAGCCCGGCGGGAUUAUGGGCUUUAAUUGUUUUCAUAGCGCUGUUUCAUUGCGCGAUACCGUCUCAGGUAAUAUCUGGCGACAUGUCAGUAUCAGCUUUUGUUUCGAGAGUGUUGCAUGAUGUUAUGAUAGACGAUAAGGAUAGCGAAUGGAUAUGUUAAUCAGCUCCACA